AUGGUGCCGGGCACGGGCAGCUUCUUUGGAAGGGUCCUCCCUCUGCUGCUCCUGCCUCGGCUCACAGAGACAAAGGACGGCUGGUUCGAUUUCGGCCUGGAUGUACCUCGCAUCCGGCGGCUGCAGUUUGCACCAACCCACUCGCGCCUGCCCAGUUUCAGCCAAGAUGCUGAAAGCCUGCGGAAAGAAGCCCAGGUGAAGUUCAGAACAGCAGAGGAGGUCGCUGGCCUGUCCAAGAUGCAAAGUGAUGAAACUGAUCUUCGAGUUGAGGGUGAUCCUCGUAAUGUACCUGGACCCGAAUGGCCGGCACAGACUCAAGAGGAGAGCAAUCAGGCAUGGCCCACUGGCCACCAGCCUGCAUCGCUUGCCGCAUGGUCGGUCAAGCAUGGAAAGCUGUCUAUGUGUUGGCAAUCCAAGGUGCUCCGAGAUAUGGAGCAUGGUUGGCCAGGACAGUGCGUUGGUCUACUGCUUGUUCAAGCGACUACAUUGACGACGUGCCGAAAUUCCUGCUUGAACGAUCCAAGGUGCUCAGUGUGGCAGUUCAAUCCUGGUCAGAUGAAUGGUGGCUGUUGGCAGGGCCAGGGUCACCACUGCGAAAGCCGCAACGGGUAUAACACGGUGCAGUUUUCGGGAGGGCAGCGGAUCCAGCACGGCAGCAUUCGAGUCAUGAGGCAGAUGAGUGGUAUUGAAGUGCAUGGUCUCCGCCCAAUCGGAAAGCUGGACAGUGAUGACCAGAGCACAAACAUCGAAAGAUGCAGGAAUGUGUGCUAUUCGGACAUUCUCUGUCAGUACUGGCAGUACGGGGAAGACGGAUGCCGAGUCGAAGACCCCACGUACAGUUCUGUGCAAUAUCCUUUGACGCUCGAGGGUGGUGCCAGCAAGACCAGCGAGUACGCCAGAAGGAUUCUGGCGGGCGAGUACAUCCAACACCUCUGUCCGCCCCGAAGCCAGCCGGAGUUUCGCGCUGCUCUGCGCAAGGACCAUCCAGAUCCUUUGGGGGAGUAUGCUGCUUGGAGGCUGGUGCCAUACGGGAUUCUCCUGGCGUUGGUCAUCCUCACGCUCUUUUGCCUGGCAUUUUGCAUCAUUGACUAUCAGGACCUUGCUGAGGAGGAGCACAUGGCAGGAGUUGAAGCUCGAAUGGCAUCCUCAAGAAGUCGGAAAGAUGCGCCCCGACGCGGCACAGAUAGUUCGCUGGCGAGGCAGACACACAGCCCGUCUUCCAAAACGGCGCAGGCUCCGCUGCCCAUGCAGCUGGCCUCGCUACCGCAGCGGAUCUUCUCCCCACCACAACAAGCUACCUUUGGGUUUUCGCCUGCCAAUGUGCCCGUUACCGGCAUCCGGCUGGCACCAUCGCACCAACCGCCUCGAGCCGAGUGUCCUGCGACUGAAAUUACGCGAUCCUGCACCAAAUGGAACUACGUUUGCCUCGACUUCAAUCAGCUUCCUUGGGCUGUCAACGAGGCAUUUCGCAUCGCAUCUUCCGGCCGACCGGGGCCUUGCCACAUCGAUUUGCCGAAGGACAUCGUUUCAAUGAAGGCGCAGGUUCCAGAAGCAAUCUUCAAAAAGGCUGCAACUUUGACCGCGGACGCGCCCCCGAUGUUGGACAUGGGAGCAGUGCAGAAGGCAGCCGAGCUCAUAAACAAGGCAAAGCGUCCCAUCCUGUAUGUAGGUCAAGGUGCCAGCCACUGUCCGGAGAUUUUGACCCAGUUGGCGAAGAAGGCCAAUAUACCGGUGACGACGACAUGCCAUGGAAUGGGCAUCUUCGACGAGCGCGAGCCUCUGUCUAUGCACAUGCUUGGCAUGCACGGGGCGGCCUAUGCCAACUUCGCGAUACAGAACUCUGACUGCAUCAUUGCCGUAGGCAGCAGGUUCGACGACCGUACCACUGGCAUUGUGGCCAAGUAUGCCCCGAAGGCCGGGCUUCUGAUGAACUGCGCGCACGUUCUCGCACGGUGCUGGGAGGGGCUCCACAUGUUAGGAUUUCCCGCUGCGGCAUCUUCCUUGUGA